CAUGUAUUAUCGUUCGACUAUCUGCUCAAAACGGCUGCACCGUGCACGAAAAAAAAAAAUGCAAGCCGCCGUCCUUUUGAUUCGUCCAAGAGUUGCAGAAUAUUUGGGGGGGGGAAAAAACAAACAAACAACAAAAACAAAACAAAAACAAAAAAACCCACCUCAGCACUGAAAGUGGGAUUUGUUUACGAUGGCACGUCGCCCUCUAACUAUAUAUCCGAGGCGUUAUGUAGGACAAAGAUAGGUGUUCGGUUUUGGACCGUUCUGCUUCAGACCGCAUCUCGUCUUCUGUUUCCGCGCUGCUUUUUUUUCUUCUUUCCUCCCCCUUCGUCGGGGCAUGGUUGUUGUAGGAAGUGUCAGUUUUUUGAAGGGGUGGGGAGGCCGGGCUAUUCAAAGCUGCAAGGGGCCGUAAACAAUCCAUCAUGCUAACAUGGACGUGAUAAAGCCACACUGUACGCGCUGACACGCGCUCUGUACAUUUUUUGGGGAGGGGGGAGGGAGAAGAACACUGCAGAAUAUGGCGUCCCGCCUUAUAAAAAUAAGGCUGCCAUUUUUGUUUCUCUUUUGUCUGGGAAUGUUUUAAGAUGGACCGUCAGGGUCUGGUCGAAAAUGUGUGCGGCGCGCUUUGCCAGUAGCCCCGUGGCCGUCCAAAACGUCCCAAGAGCCGGCCGGUAGGAGAUGGUCGAACACGGGCCACCCGAAGGCAAAGUUUCGAAUGAUGGCAGAGCCUCGAUUUAACAACCCUUAUUUCUGGCCUCCACCUCCAUCCAUGCCUGGCCAGUUGGAUAACCUGGUGCUCAUUAACAAGAUCAAAGAGCAACUGAUGGCCGAGAGGAUCCGACCCUUGCAUCUGCCGCCUACGUCCACUCCUUCCCAGCAACCUUUGCUGGUACCCACCUCGUCCCCAGACGGCGGCAGCUCUCAGCAUGGCAUGACGGUUAACAAGACACAGUCACAGCAGGUGCCGGCCCACCACCCACAACAGCAGUCAGACAUCACCUUGCACUCCCGUUCAGGCUCCAGCUCCGGACCAGAUGGAAGUAUGGAUAACAAGUCAGCUGUGAAGGCCAAAGGAUUAUGGGAGGACUGGCACAUGAGGCAACUGAGCGAGCAGCACACCCGCGCCAACCAUCGAUCAGGCCUGGCUCCUUCAUCACGACCUGAAAGCCACAGCACCUCUGAGGCUCUAACCCCCACGACGCCAACCUCCAGCAGCCAGAACCGCCUGGGUGGCGCCCCCUCUGUCAACAUCAUCUCUGGGCUGGUGAGUGGUCCUGGCAUGGACCACAUGAAGGUGGGAGGCCUGGCGGGACUGUUGGGCCCCCCACCCAAGGCACCACGGGGACGAAAGAAGAUUAAAGCUGAGAACGCGUCAGGUCCUUUGCUGGUGGUCCCCUACCCUAUACUAGCAGACCAAGGCUGUGUCACUGUGGCAUCCAAAGAGGGAAAAACAUACAGAUGCAAAGUGUGCCCACUCACCUUCCUGACCAAGUCAGAGAUGCAGUUCCACUCCAAGUCCCACACAGAGGCCAAACCACACAAGUGUCCCCACUGCUCCAAGACCUUCGCGAACGCCUCAUACCUGUCCCAGCACCUGCGUAUCCACUUGGGCAUUAAACCCUACCAUUGCUCCUACUGUGAGAACUCCUUCCGCCAACUUUCACAUCUGCAGCAGCACACCAGAAUCCACACCGGCGACAGGCCUUAUAAAUGUGCUCACCCCGGAUGUGAAAAGGCUUUUACCCAGCUGUCCAAUCUCCAGUCUCACCAGAGGCAGCACAAUAAAGACAAACCGUACAAAUGUCCCAACUGCUACCGUGCCUACUCUGACUCCGCAUCGUUGCAGAUCCACUUGUCGGCGCACGCCAUCAAAAACGCCAAGGCCUACUGCUGUAGCAUGUGUGGCCGGGCGUACACCUCAGAGACCUACCUUAUGAAGCACAUGUCCAAACACACAGUGGUGGAACACCUCGUGAGCCACCAGUCCCCCCAGAGGACCGAGUCCCCCAGCAUCCCCAUAAGGAUCUCGCUUAUCUGAGCUGCCCAGUGACCAGUAUCGGUUCCAUUUAGAGUCCAUGUUAGGCACGAGCCUCACAGGCCCUGCGCCGGGGGUCAUCUACACAAGGCUUACAUUAGCAUUAUGACAGCUGACGUAAGCAUUCAGCGCAAGAGUUGACAACACAAGCGCUUUUUAGUGAAUGUAAUAAUACAGCUAGAUGUUGUCCAGAGGACGGGGUGGCAAAGAAUGUCUUGCGUCAGAUUUAAUAAGCACUUUCGUAAGCGUCAUGUAAACAGCCUGCCCCUGUUUUCGUAAAGAGUCCUCUCAGAGAGCAGAUGAUUCUUUAUGAAUAUGGGCACAGAUUAAUUGGGCAUAAAACAUUUAUUUUAUUUUAUUGUUUUCUUUCUCCACCAUUAAAUGAGAUUGAUUCCCAACUAUACCAGAUAAUAAAUUCCCCUCCGAAAAUUUUUUUUUUUAUACAGUUGUAAAAUGUUUGCUGGAUGUAUUCUGGAGACAUCCAAAGAGAUUUUUAAAGCACUUUUUAGGCCUUGUGGUUUUGGCUCAAAUUGUUGAAAUUUUGUUUGUUGGGAAAAUGUCAAAGGGCAUUAUCUGUGGCAGCUAAGAGCAGUUAAAGUGUAGGGGAAAAAACGGGCUCUUCUGUCACUUCAGUUUUGUUUUACUCACAUGGUUGUGCAAGAAAACACUGACAGGGUCAUAAAAAUUUCAACAGAGGCAAUCGUAGAUGACAAUGGAAGCAUUUAAUGAUUGUAUUGUUUUAUUGAUGUGAGGAGGGAAGGAGUAAAAAAAAAAAAGUGUAAAGGGAAGUUCUCACCCCCGCUUAAAUCCUUCACUCUCUAUUUGAUGGCAGCUUGGUGAUUAUACCACAUGAUCACAGUAACACUGCUUUUAUAAAUUUCCAUUCCCCCCUGACCUUUCCACCCCUUCGUACACCCUGCAAACUAGUGCCAUAUGUUGAAAGCCAGUCUUGUAAUAUUAAGCUUUAUUUUUAGUUGUAUUGGUUGCUGUACACUUAACCGGGGCCAGGUCUGAUCCGCCAUACUUGGUUAUUUCCCCUACUAAAAAUAAUAAAAUCAAAUAAAAAAAAUACAAACUUUUAUUUUACUUGAGUAGCAAACAAUGCUAACCAUUGGACCAAAAUGUGAAGUAACUGUACAGAACCCAGUCAGGAUUUUGUCAUGAGCUUUAUCCAUAAGAAUUAACUGUAGUAUAAAUAUCUUCCACAAUGCUUACAGUGAAUCCGGAAAGUAUUCGCAGCGUUUCACUUUUACAUUUUAUGUUACACUCUUACUACAAAGUGGAAUAAGUUAAUUUUUCCUCACUUCUACAUACAACGUCCCAUAAUGACAAAAUAAAAGUGUUUUUUUUUUUGCCAAUUUAUUAAAAAGAAAAUCUAACAUCACAUGUAUGUAAGUAUACGCAGCCUUUGCUUAAUACAUUGUUGACACACUUGAGACAGCAAUUACAGCCUCAAGUCUUUUUGAAUAUGAUACCGCAAGAUUGGCACAGCCAUCUUUGGCUUGUUUCCCCGUUUCUCUCUGCAGCACCUCUCAACUUCCAUCAGUUUGGACGGUGAGUGACGUUGUAUAGCUAUCUAAGAUUUCUUUAGAGAUGUUCAGUCGGAUUCAAGACUGGGCUCUGGCUGAGCCACUUAAAGGCAAUCACAGAGUUGCCCUGAAGCAAGCCUUUGAUAUCUCGACUAUGUGGUAGGGGUCGUCCUGCUGAAGGAUGAACCACCCUAGUAUGAGGUCAAGAGCGCUCUGGAGUAGGAUUUCACUGGACAUUACUACAUUCAUCUUUCGCUUGACUUGUCUCCCAAUUCCAUCCAUCCAUCCAUUUUCUGAGCCGCUUCUCCUCACAAGGGUCGCGGGCGUGUUGGAGCCUAUCCCAGCUAUCAUCGGGCAGGAGGCGGGAUACACCCUGAACUGGUUGCCAGCCAAUCACAGGGCACAUACAUACAAACAAACAAACAACCAUUCACACUCACAUUCACACCUACGGGCAAUUUAGAGUCCCCAAUCAAUGCAUGUUUUUGGGAUGUGGGAGGAAACCGGAGUGCCCGGAGAAAACCCACGCAGACACGGGGAGAACAUGCAAACUCCACACAGGCGGGGCCUGAACCCGGGUCCUCAGAACUGUGAGGCUGACGCUCUAACCAGUCGGCCACCGUGCCGCCUCUCCCAAUUCCUACCACUGAAAAACAUUGCCAACCGGCAUUGGCACAAAAAUGUUUUUUCAUGGGUGCAUCCCACAUACUCAUUUCUGAUGCUCAUCCCACAGAUGUUCCAUACAAAAGUGGCACCAUUUAAAAGGGCAAUGAACAAGCUUUCCAAAUGUAUAAGAUUUACCAAGAAGCAUGGUUACAAAUAUAAAUAAUCUAUCCAUUCAUUUUCUGUACCGCUUAUCCUCACUAGGGUCGCGGGCUUGCUGGAGCCUAUACUAGCUACCUUCAGGCGAGAGGGGGGUAAACUGGUCGGCAGCCAAUCGCAGAGCCCAAAUAAACAACCAUUCGCAUUCACAGUCACACCUCCGGGCAAUUUUGAGUCUUAACCAACCAACCACGCAUGUUUUUGGGAUGUGGGAGGAAACCGGAGCACCCGGAGAAAACGGAUGUGGGAGGAAACCGGAGCACCCGGAGGCACGGAAAGAACAUGCAAACUCCACACAGGCGAGGCCUGGAUUUGAACCCCAGUCCUCAGAACUGUGAAGCAGAUGUGCUCAGUUGUCCACUGUGCCGCCAAUAAAAAUAAGUAUAGUAAUAGUAAACACUAAUUUCCCUACUUUUUGGGCUAUCUUUAGCCAGAUGUGUACCUUUCCAAAUCGGGUCCAAUCAACUGAAUUUACCAAAGGUUGACUCCAAUUAAGCUAUAAAAACAAUCAAGAAUGAUCAAAAGAGCAGUGGCGGGUGGUGCAUGUCAGAUCUGGGCCUUCAGUGGAGACUUAAGUGACAUACUCACAAUGUCGUUUUUCUUAAAGCCUGCCCGACAUCAAUCUAAACCUCAGUGAAGGCCUCAUUUGGUGAAUCUCAAAGCUGAUUGGUUAAUAAAAUUGCUAAUAGUGUGUGUCGUAGGCCAGCACUCCUGAUUCUGAAGGCCCUUGGCAGAUUACAUUGACAUGAAAACACAUAGAAGCUGAAAUCUAAUUGGACAAAAAAAAUUAAAUGCACACUAAUGGAAGUUGGGCAGCUCCAAAAAUGGACAGACUUCAACAGACUUCAAUCUUUUUUUCCCCAUGUUGUCAUUAUGAGACGUGUGUAGAUUUUUAUUUUGGGGGGAUCAUUGAAUCCAUUAUAGAAUAAGGUAAGAUACCACAACAGAGAAAGUGAAGUGUGCGCAAUAAUUUCUGGAUGCAUUGUACAUGGUGAGAUUCAUGUGACGCCUUCCUCUUUUACAUUGUCUUCAGUAGUAUUACUUUGACUCCACACAGUAUUUUCCGUUGUACUCUUAAACCUCUUGAUGGUACUAAUAGGGUAUAAUGUAUUUUUCAAAGCACUUGUGGAAAGAUGCUAUUGCGAGGUGUCACAACCAAGAAGGAACCGCGAACAGUGUGCAAAAAUAAAAAGUAAGCAAGAGUCCAAGCGUAGGACUCAAGUCACUGGCCUGGGUGUGUUAUUAGGAUUCCCACAUAGUUUCUUGGCAGGACACGCCCUGCUCCAGUAUUACUGGCUCCAGGACACAUGCCGCUAUGAUUGGCUGUUGUAUCUUUGUAGAACACGCCCUGCGACGUUGUUUCCCACUAACCCUAACCCACCCUAAUCCGAACCUUAACCCAUCCUAAACCGCCUUAAACCCCAACCCUAGCCUUAAAACUAACCAUAACUAACUUCUUUGUUUUCAUUUCUUACAAAUGUGAUCCGUUUUGGAUGGUGAUCUCGUUACAUCUGCAUAGCCUGCCCUUCCCGGAAAGCAGGAGCCCAUCAUGUUGCAGUGGGGCGUGUCCUGCCUAGAAAAUGUAUGGGAAUCCUAAUAAUGCGGCCUGGGGCAACUUUUGACAUUUACGCCAACAACAAGCCCUGCCUCCUAACCUUUCUCUCUUUGGAGAUAGUAAUGGGCAGAAUGUUCAUGUUGCUGUACUGUAUAACAUGUUUCUCAUUUAUAAUAUCUAUUUUUAAAGGUUUCAUAAAUAUGUUCCGUUUCAAGUGAGAAAAAAAACUAUUACCUUCUUAUGUUACUAAUCACCUUUUAUAUCAGUUGUUUUAUAUGUAAGCCUUAACUGUUUUAUCAUCCCAUCUCCAUUACUCUGUAUUGUGUUCUGCAGUAUUCAGUCCUGUAAGCAUUUUGUUUUUUUCAUGUUCCCUCCCGCAUGGAGCUGUAAUCUGUAUGAUAACUGUUUAACCUGAGUUCUCUAAGGAAAAUUAUUGCAUAGAUUUAUGAAACCUUUUCCUGUCUUGCAUUGUGGCUUCAUAUAUGGUUUUUAGACAACGAAAUAUGCACAACCAAGACUGAAAAGUUAACCCAUGGGUUAGCAAUGUUUCAAAUAAAAUGAAAACAAGCUUUGUAUCUUUACCUUGUUUAAUAAACACACUGCCAUAAA